AUGGCAACGUACGGUGAUACAUUAAAUCAAACAUUUCCUAGAUUAUCAUCAAAUGGAGAUGAUGAAUUAUAUCGUACGUUUCAUACUCCAUCAUGUAAUACAAAAUCAACUGGUUUCAAUUUUGAACAACAGUUUUUGUUUGAUAAUGCAUUUCAUUCAAUAACAUAUCAACCAACAACUGUAUCAUGUCAACAAAUGACAACUGAACAUCUUGAUCGUUUAUGUUAUUCUCCUAAACUAGUAUUUUCUCCUCGUUUUACUUCUCAACCACCACAACCACAACCACAACCACAACAACAAAUAUCAUCAUUAAAUACGAAUCGUUUAAAUCCAUUUCGAGCAUUUCUCAUUGUCAAUCGUUUAACAUCAUCAAUCAUAAGUGUUAAUCGACAAGCUUGUGAAUAUUUUUGGUAUACAGAAAAUGAACUUAAAACUAAAACAAUUGAUAAUUUGAUCCUUGAUGAAAAAUCUUCAUCUGUUAUAGCAGAUUCAUUUUUAAGUCAACAAAGUGGACAAACAAAAAUUCUUGCUGGAAAAAUUGUUUAUGUUCUACUUGGUACCGGUGAACGUGCUCGUUUUUCAUUAUUUAUACAAGAUCUUGAUGGUGAUGAAAUACCAUUACGUUUUUAUGCAUUUGAACCUAUACAUAUAAUGCAAGCAAAAAUAACUUGUGAUAAACAAGGUUUAAUUCUAUCAUCAGAUCAUAAUUUUUCUAUCUUAUUUCAUAAUACAAUGAUUGAUAAUAAUCAUUUAAAUGACAAUCAUCAUAUUGGAGAUUUUAUUCCAACAUUAAAAGAUGAAUUAAAAUUUAAACAAUUAUUAACACAUCGAACAUAUCGAACAACGGGAUUAUUAAAUAAUGAAAAAAAUUUAUUUAUUCCAUUAAUGAUAACUAUAUCGAAAAAUAAUGAAGAUAAUAUUCAAUUAAUUUUAUCAAUUAUGUUAAAUAUAAGUGGAUUAAUUAUGUUAGAUGAAACAUAUACUAUUCGUGCAUAUAAUCCUUAUUUUAUUCAAUGUUUACUUGGAUAUCGUUCACUUGAUUUAAUUAAUCAUCAUAUAACUGAAAUACUCCCAGAAUUCAAUGAAUUAAAUGGUACACAAUCAAAUAAUCUUUCAAUCAGUACAAAUAAUGAUCAUGAAGAUGAAAAUCUUUCACGUCAAUCAUUAGCUGGUGAUGACGAAUUAAGUAAAAGUGAUGGUUCAUCAAAUACACUGAAUGAUUCAUCAAUUGAAACAACACCACAAUCAUCUCGAGUAUUUCAUUCAAUCGAAAAUAAAAUUCUUAAUGAAAAAUCACAAAUAAAUACGUUACCUAUUGAUAAACGAUUAACAAGCGGUAGAUUAUCAUCAUUUAAAACUACAUCAACACCAGUAGCAAAAUCAACAAUAAAAUCCGAUAUUAAAAUUGAUAUGGAUGAACACACAGCCUUUUUACAAACAAUAGGUAAACAUAAAAAUGGAACAUUUAUUGGUGUUAUUUAUUCAUUACGUCGUAUUGAUUUAUCUGAUGGAACAUAUCGUUAUUGUAUGUGGUUAUCACGUGAUAAUACUGAUCCACAUUUAAUUGAAAUGCAAAAAAUGCUUGAUCAUAAUCAAUCAAUAAUACCAAUAGAUGAUUUAUCAACAUCAUGUUUAAAUAUAUCAUCAUCAAUACAUGAUAAUCAAACAUUUGAUACAAAAUAUAUUAUUACUCGACAACGUGGUCGUGGUGGUUAUGGACAAGUUUAUCUUGGUCAUGAAAAAUCUAAUGAAUCAAAUAAAGUUGUUAUUAAAUUUAUUAAAAAAACUAAAGUUAAAAUUCAUCGAUAUGUUGAAAGUUUUGAACCAAAAAAACGAAUUCUAUUUGAAGUUGCUGUACUUAAACAAUUAAAACAUCCAAAUAUUGUCGAAAUUUUAGAUGCAUUCGAUACAGAUAAUUAUGUUCAAAUGAUAAUGCCAUUACAUGGUCAAGGCAUUGAUUUAUAUGAAUUUAUUGAAAAAGGUGCCAAAAUCGAUGAACCAUUGGCAAGUUAUAUUUUCCGGCAGGUAGUCGAUGCAGUAAGUUAUUUGCAUUGUAAUCAUAUUGCUCACCAAGAUAUUAAAGAUGAAAAUUUAAUAGUCAAUGAACAAUUUCAUAUAAAACUCAUUGAUUUUGGUACAUAUACGAAAUUUUGA